AUGGAAAACUUACAUCGGGUGCGAAGUAUGGUUGAAGAUGAGGGGAAUCCUCUACCAUUCAAGGACCUUCAUCCGCAUGUGGCACAGAUGAGAGUAAAGGAGGGCAGUAAAAUUCGUAAUUUAGUUGGAUAUGCAUUAUCUUAUAUGGAGUCAGAGGGAACUGAGCAGAUAAUCUUUGGAGCUUAUGGUCGGGCUGUUACUAAAGCCAUUACCUGUGUGGAAAUAUUGAAGAGGCAAAUAGGUGGUCUACACCAAAUCACCAAGAUACAGUACAAAACUUUGCAAGAAGUAUGGGAGCAGAAGGGGCCAGUCAUUAAAAACCCAGCCCCAUGUUUAACUGUUUACAAAAAUUGCCCUUCCAUCUAUAUACUACUGUCCAAGUAUCCUUUGGAUCCACAAGAGGAUGGUUACCAACCUCCUCAGAGCCUUCCUACAGAAGAGAUCGGAAAGAGAACACUAGAAUCACAUGGUUCAUCAGAUUCCAAAAAGAGAAAAAUAAAUGCGAGCACUGAAGGCGAAGGUUCAUGGAACUUGCAGGAACAUGAUGUAAGAGUAAUAUCUCAAGAGGUUCCAUGCAAUAUAAAUAUAGAUCUAUCUGCAAAUGAAUUGAAAGGAUUAGAAUGCUUUGGGCUGCAUCAGUAA